CAAACUAAAUUUUCACACUAUAUAUAGUAUAAACCUAGUACACUUGUGUCAAGCAUAUACUGAGACAUAACAUAACCCUCUUUUGUGAGCAAAACAGCUAACAAUGGCCUUUGCUUUGCACAACUAUGCUCUUGCUACUUUGCUUUUAAUUUUGGCCAUACUCCCAUUUGAGGGCACUUGUGCCUCCCAUCACCACCACCACCACAACCGCAACCGUCUCCGUCACCGCCACAAAUCCCUUCACUUCACACUGUUCCAACAUGAAACCAUAAACAAAACGGGAUAUGCCAUAGUGAGUGGUAUAGAAGGAGGGGGAGGAAUCAGUGAAAGCACAAGCCCUUUUGGAACCCUUUUUGUGUUUCAGGAUCCUUUGACUGCCAAAGCAAACAGAUCCUCAAAACAACUUGGGACCGCAGAAGGAACCUCCAUCACCUCUGGACUUGACGGGCUUAGCAGCAUUUCGGUCGCAAAGCUAACUCUGCGUCUGAAGGAUCACAAGGGCUCUAUUUCCAUUGUUGGAGGCACUAAUAACAUGAAGCGUUCGGAUCAUCCAGUUGUUGGAGGGACUGAAGAUUUCUUGUUUGUGCAUGGCUACAUUACCUCUUUCCCUAUAGAUCUAAAGGGUCCUUCAGUUGUCUACAAGAUUGGAUUUCAUCUUUACUGGCCUCCAUAUCCACCCCAAGCCUCUUAAAGAAAAACAAACACCGUACCCUAAUUGCAAUGGAUCAUCUUUUUUUUUUUUCUUUCUUAAUUUUUUUUAACUGGUGCUGAAUGAUGUCUUGUGAUUUACGUAACCAGCCUUAUUAAUGAGUUAAGGUUUGUUGUUGUAUUUUUUUCUUUCUUUUUUCGGUGUGACUUUCUUGCACGUCAUAACAUGCAUGUAAUGUGUUCCUUUGUGUGCUGUAGAUUCACGUGGGAAAGGAUUGAUUUGCAUUGCUUGUCUGUUCCUUCCUUUAUUUUGUAGUAUUAAUAUAUUAGAACUCUAUAUGUUCUUAGUUGGAUAAUCAUGUAUUACAAGGCUGUGCCUUGGUGCAGUUUCUGAAACAACGAGUUAAUAUCAAUAUCCAUACUUUAUGGUUCAUGUUUUAA